UAGUAUAUCUGGAUAAAUUACACCUUAAUUUGUAUAUGGAAAAAAAAAAGUGGUAUGGAAGUCAAUUUUCUAAAUUGGUGUGAACCACGUAAUUAGGACCUAAAAUAGUGAAUUUGUGUUGUUUGUCCAUAAACUUAUUAUUUAUCUUAUUAUGGCUAUACACAAUACAUCAAAUAAACAUAUAUAUUUAGAAAAUAUUUCUCAGGGAUCAAUUUAGGUCAUAUAUCAAGGGAAAUUUUGGGAUCAAAUGGAUUGGAUUAGGCUAAUAAAUGAGCGGGUCAUUAACUCGAGAAUCUCUGUUCUCCUUUAGCCCCAAUGUGAGUUUGGUUACUCUCCUUCAUUGCUUGUUAUGUGGUAUCUUUUCUUUUUUUUUUUGAUUCGUACAUUCAUAAUGCGUUGUUUUGUUAGAUGUUAAUAAUCAUGUAAAGUAGUAUUUAUAGUAUAAUUGUUUUUUUUUUCUAUUAAGGGUAUUAAGUUGUGCAUACUAUAUAAAUUGUAGAUGUCUGUGUUAGCGGAAACGAGUCCCUCAGAGAUGUUAGGCAAGAAGAAACUUCAUCAGAUGGUUGAUACUAAAUCUCCCUCCACAGUUAAGCGUCUAAAAGUUGAUGCUACCCGCAAUUUUCCUGAAAAUUGUGGUCCAUUUGUAGGUGAAAACGAUGGAACCGGAGAUAAAUACCCAGAGUUUCCAUCAGCUACCAAGCCUGUAAAAGUCGAGACCACAAGGAAUUAUCCCGAGAAUUGUGGCCCUUGUGUUCUUCAAAAGAAGAAUGGAUGCGACACUCAAAGCUCCGCUAAUGUUGACAUCGGAAGUUGUUCUGAAGUUGAAAUGGAUGUGGUUGAGUUAGGCGACCCUUUGAGUGUUUUUGUGCCAAAAGAUAUGCAAUUUGAUUUGGAUGCAACUGGUGUGUGUGAAGAAGAGGGCGGUGAUUCAAGUCAUUUGAAUACCUCAUGUCAACCUGUUACUAAUGGAAAUCAAGUUUUGACGACGAAAGAAGUAAAUCUUAUGUAUGAUGACUCAACUCAACUGAAUGAAGUCUUGGUUAAUCAGAUUCUCCAAAAGACGUCAACUGAUACAGGUAAUACAUGUGAUUGGUUUAUAAAUGGCGAUCCUAUUGAAAAUGGACCAGAAUUACCUAGUGAAGAAACAAACAAAGGAUUUCAGUACAAAGAAGUUGCUGAUGAUGAAUCCACGAGCCGGGUAGACAAUUCAUCCUGCUCCCAGUCGAACUCACAAAAUUCAGGUCUCAAGACUCCUAGUGCCAGUAAGAAAGGGGGAAAGGGUGAGAUCGUGCAGGAAGAAGCAGUGAAGUGUCCCGAACCCCUACACAAGUGCAAGGUUAUUUUUGAACAUGAAUCUGUGGUCAGGAAGAAGCAAAUAGAUAUCGGAGUUUCUCCAGAAGAUUUAAGGAAUUCUGAUGUAUUCUGUGGUGCUUCGGGUAAUGGAUUGUUGAUGGAACAUGAAAAUAUUCAGAAAGUGAAAGAAGUCAAAGAGACUCUGAAACUUUUUGAUGACGAAUAUACUAAACUUUUGCAAGAAGAUAAAGCCAAGAAACAUGAAGGACGGUCCAAAAGAAGAAUCCAUAUAGAGGCAGCAAUGAAUUUGAAAAAACAGAAAAAGUGGGUAAAUUGUGAGUGGACUUUUGGACAUGUUCCGGGAGUUCAAAUUGGGGAUCAAUUCAGGUUCAGGGCAGAACUUGUUGCGAUCGGACUACAUCACCAAUUUAUUAAGGGUAUCAAUUAUGUGACUAUUGGCAGAAAAAAUGUUGCAUCUAGUGUUGUUGAUUCUAGUCGGUACGACAACGAGGCCAUAUCUUCUGAAACAUUCAUUUAUGUAGGUCAAGGCGGAAAUCCAAUGGUAUCUCUUAAUGGAAGAGUGGAAGAUCAAAAGCUUGAAGGGGGUAAUCUUGCCUUGAAGAACUCCAUGGACUUGGGAUAUCCGGUGAGGGUUAUUUGUGGUCGACAAAGACUGAAUGGUGAAAAGAGUGAUACAAGAUACAUUUACGACGGGCUCUACACCGUGACUAAGUGUUGGGAAGAAAGAGCUUCAACUGAAAAAUACAUUUUCAAGUUUGAACUGAAAAGAAAUCUUGGCCAACCAAAACUUAAUCGUGAACUAGUGUCACGGCCAGCAAAGUUAGUCAAGGUAACUCAUUCUUGUGUUAAUAAGUCAACAAAAUCAGUUAUGCAGUCGGAGUUUGUUGUGGACUAUGAUGUCUCGCAAGGAAAAGAGAAGAUACCGAUCCGUGUUGUCAAUGCAAUAGAUGAUGAGAGACUCCCACCAUUUACUUACAUUACCAAUAUGCAAUAUCCAGAUUGGUAUUAUAUCUCUAGGCCUCAAGGUUGCAAUUGCACAAGUGGAUGCUCCGAUUCGGAGCAAUGCUCUUGUGCUUCUAGGAACGGAGGUGAGAUUCCAUUCAACACAAGAGGCUCUAUAGUUAGAGCACAACCUCUUGUUUAUGAGUGUGGUCCAUCUUGCAAAUGUCCCCCUUCUUGCAAAAAUAGAGUUAGCCAACAUGGACCUCGAUACCAUUUGGAAGUUUUCAAGACUGAAUCGAGAGGAUGGGGUUUGAGGUCACGAGAUCAUGUCUCAUCCGGAAGUUUUAUAUGUGAAUAUGUCGGGGAGUUGCUUGAUGAAAAGGAAGCUGAAAAUAGAAUAGAUAAUGAUGAGUACUUGUUUGAUAUUGGCAACUAUGAUGAAGAAAUCCCCAAAAGGAAUGUUGCGCGUAAUAAUAACCUUAAAGUGGACUCAAAUUCUUCGAUGAGGAAGGAUGAAGAUGGCUUUACCCUUGAUGCCAUAAGAUAUGGGAAUGUUGGAAGAUUUAUCAACCAUAGUUGCUCACCAAACCUUUAUGCUCAAAAUGUCAUGUAUUACCAUGGUGAUAAGAAAGUACCGCACAUAAUGUUUUUCGCUUCUGAGAGUAUUGCUCCAUUAAAGGAGCUUACUUAUCACUACAACUACCAUAUUGACCAUGUUUAUGAUAAAAAUGGUGAUGUGAAGAGAAAGAAUUGUAGAUGUGGCUCCCGUAAGUGUGAAGGGAGAAUGUACUGAAGAACUACUCAUGUAAGACCAUUGUUCUUGACAUGAUAUUCGAAGCAUGAUUUUCGUUAUCCUUGUGCAAUAGUCAUUUCAACAUUUUAAUCCCUUGUUUUUCCAUUUAUGCUUAAUUGUGCAAACUUUGAUCUCUUAAAACAUUCAUUAUGCUUAAUU